GAAAGCUAAAGGCAGGCAGGGCAGUGGCCUCGCGUGGAAACACACUCAGUAUCCGUCUCGCUCUCCUGCCUCGCCGCCGGCGAUCGAUCGCCGGGGAGAGGGUCUCUCCCCCAAAUGCCGCGCCGCCGCCUCCCUCUACUCCUCCUCCUCCCCAUUACCCUCACCCUCUUCCUCCUCUUCCCCUCUCCCCCUCCCCCGCGGCCGCCGCCGCAUCAGCCUCAGCCUCAGCCGCUCCCCUGCGGCGCCGCCCCCUCCGACGCCACCGCCGGCCGCUGGGUCCCCACCCGGGAGCCCUUGCCGCCGCCGCUCUACACCUCCUCCUGCCCCUUCCACCGCAACGCCUGGAACUGCCCCCGCAACAGCCGCCCACCCGUCGCCGCGCUCUCCUGGGCGCCCGCCCGCUGCGGCGGCGGCGCCGUCCCGAGGAUCGACGCCGCGGAGUUCCUGGCCGUGGCCCGGGGGCGGCGGAUCGGGCUCGUGGGGGACUCGCUGUCGGAGAACCUGGUCGUGGCGCUGCUGUGCGCGCUCCGGUCGGCGGACGGCGGCGCGAGCAAGUGGAAGCGGCGGGGCGCGUGGCGCGGCGGCUACUUCCCCAGGGAUGACGUCAUCGUCGCGUACCACCGCGCAGUUCUCCUCGCCAAGUACACGUGGCAGCCUGUAGAGAAUUCCAAAGAGCUUCACAAGGAUGGAAUAAAGGGAACUUACAGAGUGGAUGUUGACAUUCCUGCUGAUGAAUGGGUAAAUGUCACCAGGUUCUAUGAUGUGCUCAUUUUCAACACUGGACAUUGGUGGGGCCUGGAUAAAUUCCCAAAAGAGACCCCCCUUGUUUUCUACCGAGGAGGGAAACCAAUUGAGCCGCCACUUGGCAUCUACGAUGGAUUGAAAGUAGUCCUCAAAAGUAUGGCCUCUUACAUUGAAAGGGAGGUCCCAAGUAAAACACUGAAACUGUGGCGCUCACAGUCACCCAGGCACUUCUAUGGAGGUGAAUGGGAUCACAAUGGCAGCUGCGUGUCUGAUCGGCUUCUACAAGAACACGAGCUCGACUUGUGGUUCGAUCCCAGGUUUGGAGGAGUGAACAAAGAAGCAAGGCUAGUGAAUUCGGCGAUUCAGGAGGCCCUGAUUGGCACAGACAUCCAGCUGCUCAACCUGACCUACAUGAGCGAGUUCCGUGCCGAUGCGCAUCCGGCAAUCUGGCUCGGAAAGAAGGACGCGGUGGCUGUAUGGGGGCAGGACUGCAUGCAUUGGUGCCUUCCUGGCGUGCCGGACACUUGGGUCGACAUCUUGGCUGCACGGAUCUUGCAUCACUUCAAGCAGGCAAAUGGUUGAUGACAUGCUGAAGCUUGGACCAUUGUGGCAACUGCACUGUAAAUGUUGUGUGGGAACAAACACGAUGAAUGGCAUGCUGUAUUUAGAACAGGAGCAUUAAAAAGCUAGGUAGCUACUCUUGUUGCCUGUAAUUCUUUUCUUCUUAUGGAAAACCAAGAUAGGAGAUGGUGGAGUUAACUGUUAAGUACACUUAAAUACUUACUGAAGAAAUUUUGUACUUGCACACUUGACGUUGAUGAAACUGCAAUUGCUCAGUAGAGUGAAGCUUCACACUU